UAACCAGCGAGAGCUUCUUGAAAUGGCGAGCAUCGUUCAACGCGGAACAGGCAGAGAAGAAACGAAAGGAAGAUGAUGAGAAGAUGAAGGGGUGGACACCAAAGGAACGAGAAGAGGCGAAGCGUGUUGGCCUACGAUUGACGGGUCGACAGCUUUUCGAACGUGGUGGCCCUCAAGCGAUGAAUUUGGAGGACGCAUCCUUGUUCGAAGAGGGAACGGAGAGCGUUGAUAUCACCAUGUACGACCGGACGGAACGUGAUGAGAAGGAACAAGAAAAUGCAGGUGGUGUGCACCUGAGCGACUCUGACUGA